GGCUGAGCCCGGAAGAGUGAGAUAAUGUUGCCUUGAUGUGAGGCUGCAAAGUGGGAACGCUGCUUCUGCCCAGGGGCAAUAUCCACACCGAUGUGGAGGUCGCACAACAGUCUUGCUCUGUGGUUGGGGUGCCAGUCACUGGGGGCAUUUGAAGGGGCACCAUCUGGAACUUGAGUCUGCCUCAAAGAAACAAUCUGAAACGAAGGAGCAAUAAGUGAACUCGUUUAGGGGAAGGUUAAGGACCAAAAGAAGACUCAACAGAUGCUGCCAGACCUGCAGAACUUUUCCAGCGACUUCUGUUUUUGUUCCUAACUUCAACGUUUUCCCCGUACUGAGUGUGGCCUGAAGCCGUUGGUUUGGUGUAACAAUUACAGAUCCUAUUUUCAUGAGAAGGAAAGCUGUCAUUGCCCCUGUGUGCUUUCCACAUGAUUGUGGCACAUGCCAGUUUGAAGUGGCUGGUUGUUUCAAUAGGGGAUGGGCAGAAGAUGCCAACCACGCCCAUAACCUGAGAGAACAGAGCCAUAAAGUAACGCGGGUCAGAUCUCCCUGCUGUUACAGUCGAGCCAACCAGAGGCACUCGUGUUAUCGACAAGGUUACCAUGGCAAUGAUUGGAGACUCCACGGCAUCUUUUGCAAUGAGUAAUCACACAAGGGAGAGAGUAACCGUGGCUAAACUGACACUGGAAAAUUUCUACAGUAACCUGAUUGCACAGCACGAAGAGAGAGAAAUGAGGCAAGUACAAUUGGAAAAAGCCAUGGAGCAGGAGGGAUUAGCCGAUGAAGAUAAACAAAUGCGAAGAACACAACACGCUCAGAAAGAGACAGAAUUUCUUCGCCUCAAGAGAACAAGGUUAGGUCUGGAUGACUUUGAAUCCCUAAAAGUUAUUGGAAGAGGUGCAUUUGGGGAGGUACGCCUUGUACAGAAGAAGGACACUGGUCACAUCUAUGCUAUGAAAAUCCUUCGCAAGUCGGAUAUGUUGGAGAAAGAACAGGUGGCUCACAUUCGGGCAGAACGUGAUAUCCUGGUGGAGGCAGAUGGUGCGUGGGUGGUGAAGAUGUUCUACAGCUUUCAGGACAAGAGAAACCUCUAUUUAAUUAUGGAGUUUCUGCCGGGUGGUGAUAUGAUGACCCUGCUGAUGAAAAAAGACACGCUGUCUGAGGAAGAGGCUCAGUUCUACAUUGCAGAGACUGUCUUGGCCAUUGACUGCAUUCAUCAGUUGGGUUUCAUUCACCGCGACAUUAAGCCAGAUAAUCUCCUGUUAGAUAGCAGGGGUCAUGUGAAACUGUCUGAUUUUGGCCUGUGCACAGGAUUAAAGAAAGCUCACAGGACAGAGUUCUACCGAAAUCUGACCUGCAGUCCUCCCAGUGAUUUCACGUUUCAGAAUAUGAACUCCAAACGAAAAGCUGAAACGUGGAAGAAGAACAGGCGGCAAUUGGCUUACUCCACAGUUGGCACUCCUGAUUACAUUGCCCCAGAGGUGUUCAUGCAGAAUGGAUACAACAAGCUGUGUGAUUGGUGGUCUCUGGGAGUCAUCAUGUAUGAGAUGCUGAUAGGAUACCCUCCGUUCUGCUCUGAAACCCCCCAGGAAACAUAUCGCAAAGUGAUGAACUGGAAGGAAACUUUGGUAUUCCCUCCGGAAGUUCCCAUUUCUGAGCGAUCAAAGAGCCUAAUUCUCAGAUUUUGCUGUGCAGCAGAUAAUCGGAUUGGAGCUGGAGGGGUGGAAGAAAUUAAAAGUCACCCAUUUUUCGAGGGGGUAGACUGGGAACACACCAGGGAGAGGCCAGCAGCGAUUCCCAUUAAUAUCCGAAGCAUUGAUGACACUUCAAACUUCGACGAAUUUCCUGAGUCGGACAUCUUGCAGCCAGCGCCCAACAUGACUGACACAGAUUAUAAAUCUAAAGACUGGGUCUUCAUUAACUACACCUACAAGAGGUUCGAGGGCUUGACUGCUCGGGGAACGAUCCCAUAUUACAUGAAGGUGGGGAAAUCCUGAAGACUGUUGGAGGGUUACAAUGACCUGUAUGUGCAUGUGUGCCUCUCUCUUCUUCCACCGACCCCCCCCCCCCCCUUCCCCCCCCC